AUGCCGUUCAGCACGAGGACUCUGAACGUCAAGUACUUCGUGGACGGUGACGAUGGCUACGUGGCCGAGGUGAACUACGAGGGCGAGGCUCGUUUCCCCGACUCGUAUGAGUCUGCUUCCUUUGAGUCCCGUGAAUAUAGUCCACCAAGGCCAGUCUACACCUAUGACUCAAACGAGUCUAAAUGUAAUCAGCCAAGAUUUAUGGAAGUUAUCAUUUUUAUAAUGCGUGAAGUAAGCUUUCAAGAAAUAAUAGAGUUACUACUGAAGUACUGUAUUGGGGGUUCCUCCGAAGAGUCAUUCGAGUCGUAUGACUCAGGAGAAACCAAGUACGACUUCAAUUGUGCUGUUCAGCACGAAGACUCCGUCAACGCCUUCGGCCACGAGGAAGCCCGUGACGGUGAACACACUCAGGGAUCCUACUACGUGAAGCUUCCCGAUACCUGUCUGCAGAACGUCAAGUACUUCGUAGACGGUGACGACGGAUACGUGGCCGAGGUGAACUACGAAGGCGAGGCUCGUUUCCCCGACUCGUAUGAGUCUGCUUCCUUUGAGUCCCGGGAGUACAGGCCACCAAGUCCCGUAUACAUCUUUGAGUCCACUGAGUCCAAGUAA